CGAGAUGGAGCCCAACUCACUCAAGUGGGUAGGCUCACCUUGUGGUUUGCACGGACCUUACAUUUUCUACAAGGCAUUUAGAUUUCAUCUUGAAGGCAAACCAAGAAUUCUGUCCCUUGGCGACUUUUUCUUUGUAAGAUGUAAGCCAGAGGAUCCGAUUUGCAUAGCAGAACUCCAGCUGUUGUGGGAAGAAAGGACGACCAAGCAACUUUUAUCCAGCUCCAAACUUUAUUUUCUCCCAGAAGAUACUCCCCAGGGAAGAACUGUCAGUCACGGAGAGGACGAGCUCAUCGCUGUCUCAGAGAAAGUCAUAGUGAAAUUAGAAGACCUUGUGAAAUGGACAGUGUCGGAUUUCUCCCAGUGGAAGUGUGGCCUGAGAGCCGUUCCCCUCAAGCCCGCCGCGCUCAGGGAUCUGGGGAAGAAUGGGCAGAGGGAGGCCCUCCAGAAGUACAGGGAGUCAACUCUCAACAGCGGUCUCAACUUCAAGGAUGUCUUAAAGGAGAAGGCGGAACUGGGAGACGACGGUGAGGAACGGAAAGUGCUGGUUCUUAGCUACCCACAGUACUGUCGGUACCGUUCCGUCAUCGCCCGGCUGCGGGAACGGCCCUCCUCCCUGCUCACGGACCACGUGGUGCUGGCACUGGGCGGCAUCGCCGCUCUCAGCAACAACACCCAGAUCCUGUAUUGCCGGGACACCUUCGACCAUCCUACCCUCAUCGAGAACGAGAGCAUCUGUGAUGAAUUCGCGCCCAAUCUGAAGGGCCGACCCCGGAAGAAGAAGCCCUCCAUCUCCCAGCGGCGUGACUCCCAGGGCCAGAGCUCAGCCAAGGAGGCCAGCAGUUCUGAGGGCAAGGCCCCUGCCAAGGUAAAAGCCGACUCUAAGGCGGUGGUGACCAAACCCAAAAGUAGCGGUAGCUGUAAAAAGGCGUCCGCUGAGGAGAAGCCUAAGGUGGGGGCGGGUGAGGAGUGCCCGGCUGAUGAGCAGGCCUUCCUGGUAGCUCUGUACAAAUACAUGAAAGAAAGGAAAACACCCAUUGAGAGGAUCCCGUACCUUGGGUUCAAGCAGAUAAACCUUUGGACUAUGUUUCAAGCUGCUCAGAAACUAGGAGGAUAUGAGCUGAUCACAGCCCGCCGUCAGUGGAAAAAUGUAUACGAUGAGCUGGGCGGCAAUCCCGGGAGCACUAGCGCCGCCACAUGCACGCGCAGGCAUUACGAAAGGCUCAUCCUCCCAUAUGAGAGAUAUACUAAAGGAGAGGAGGACAAACCCCUUCCCCCUCUCAAACCUCGAAAACAGGAGGCCGGCUCCCAGGAGGGGGGUAGUAAGACAAAGGUGACUGCGGUGAAGCGCCCCAAAGAGGAACAAAACCAGAAGCCCAAGAAUGAAAAGGACGCCGCUGUGAAAGGCCUGGAACUCUCGCCGGUGUCCGAUGAGAAGGACAUGAGCGGGGAGGCUGUCGAGCCGAAGCAGGAAGCUCAGCCGGCCCAGCAGCUGCUCCCGAAGGAGGAGAGGAAGAGCGGCGGCGAGGAGGAGGAAGAGGAGCUGCAGCUCACUGUGAAAGAGGAGGCCCUGGGCGCCGGCGCCCAAGAGAAAGCACUGCACCGCGGCCUCCCCUGGGAGAACGGCCAGUCCGAGCGGGUCGCUGGGGACACCCGGCUGCAGCCGCCCCCGGAGCCCCCCGAGCUCCUGGACAACCUUGCCACCAAGCUCCAGGAGGAAGCCGCCAACGGGUUCCCAGUCUCCGCCCCCAAACCGCUCCGCCACUGCCAUGCCCAGGACCAGAGGCGGGACUGUAAGGUGGAACACGGCGUGCCAUGCGCCACGGGAAUGGCGGAGCCACCCUCACUCAAGGACCCCCAGAACCAGGUGGGCAUGGUGCUGCCCACUCUGAAACAGAAACCCCCGCCGGCCCUCUCGGCCCGAGAGGUCCUUCCAGAAAAGGAAGAGGCCAUUGGCAAGGAAGAGUCCUGUUUCAGCUAUGCACCAGUGCUGUACCCCAGGGGCAACCCAGGCAUCAUGUCUCCCCUAGCCAAGAAGAAGCUGUUGUCCCAGGUCAGCGGCACCGCCUUGCCUAACAAUUACUCAUUCGGUCCGCCUCCGCCGUUAAUCAAUAAGAAAAGCACGAGCAGCGGCGCAGAGGAGCUGGCCGGCUUGCAGGGGCCGCAGGCGUCCGCCGCAGACACCAUGGUGGUCAACAGGCCGUCUGUGAUCCAGCACGCUCAGAGCUUCAAACCCCGAAGCGCGGAGGAGAGGAAGACCUUGAACGACGUGUGCGUGAAGCCGGAGCAUUUCGGGUGCGACCUCCCCCAGCCCCAGCCCAGCCCGGCCGGCGACGCCUACAUGCUGAGGGCCGACCCCCAUGACACCAUGGAGAAGGCAGUGGAGAAGAAGCUUUGCCCUUCCCAACCUCCUAGCUUCCUGUGCGACUUCUACUCCUCCCCCCACCUCCACAGCCUCUACCGGCAGACGGAGCACCACCUGGGCAAAGAGCAGCUGACCAAAUACUUAGGCAGAGAAGUGCCGUUUUCCAGAGACUGCGACAGCGUUCAGGGUUUCCCACCCGGCAAACAUCCCGAGAACCACGUUCUGAGUUACGGCACUCACCUGAGUCAAAAAGACAAGAUGCCCCCGGGAGAAAGAUCGCUGGACGACCAGCCGACAGACUUGAGCCUCCCAAAGUCGUCCCCUCACAAACUGCCCUGCUCCAAGCCCUCGCUGUGCGGCCUGCCCCAUUCCAUGCUCCAGCAGGACGUGAACGCUACCCAUCUCUUUCAGGCAGGCAACAACCAGACCUCCAGCAUGGACUACCACCCCAGGGCCUGCCGCGUCCCACCCAUGACCAUGACAAACCCGAAGAAAGCCAUGGACCCCCUGCCCAGAGUCGGCGGCAAGGCCCAGAACGGGCGCGGAGAGGACAUCAUGGGGUACAAGGUGGAGGAGAUGUCACGGCCCAUCCUCAGCGCCAAGAGCAGCCCUCAGAACAUCUGCGCCACCCGGCCCCUCAAGAGGAACCUGGAAGAGCUGGAGAGCGGGCCGCCGGAGAAGAAGGUCCGGGUGGUGACGCCCAUGCACUCCGCCAAGGACGCGGCGGGGCGGGCCCGGACGCCCGAUGCCGAGGGCGAGGGGAUGAAGCCGGCAGAGCCGGCGCACGCCGUGCACAUCAACAGCUACGCGGAGGGCCACAAGUUCCCGCUCCACUCGCCCAUCUUCCCGGGCCUCUACCCGGGGGCCUUUGUGUCUCAGGUGCAGGACGUGUGCGACAGCCUGGGCUCGCACCUCCCAGCCGGCUACACCCACCCCCUGCAGUACUUGAAAAACCAAGCGGUCAUCUCCCCGCUCAUGCCCCCCUUCGCCAUCCACUCCUUCAUGAUGCAGAGACAGCUCCUGGCCUCCACGGCGGGCCCACCCCACCUCUACCGGCACCCCGCGGGGGCCUCCUACGGGGACCUCCUGCACCAUGGCCUGUACCCCAUGUCUGCUCUGAACCCGCAGCCUGCCUUCAGCCCCUCGCAGCUGCCCUCUGUGCACCCCAGCACCAAACUCUCAUAGACCAACCAGCCUGACAUUCCCAUUGGCAAAGCAGCGCAGAGCAGUUCCUCUCCCACAGACAGUGUUUUCUGGUCCAGCAAAGCAUGGCAAAGCUAUAGACCAUACGUAUAGCAGAAGAUCAACAGAGGAUGCUUGAAUCUGGGAACGAUCCAGUCUUUUAAUAAAAAAAUUUUUUUUUUCUUUUUUGCUGCACCGGAUUUUGCCACUGAACGUGUUUAUAAUUUGCACAUUUCUUUGAGUACGGGCCAACUGGGCUGACUUGCGUCUCAAUUUCGGAAACAUCACCGUUUCUCUUGCUGUCUAGAUCGAAAAAGUACGGAGGUGACAUGUGCAGCAUGGCCCUGGAGAUUAAC